AUGGAAACUUCAAGAGGCAACGGAACCGUGUCAGUUUCUUUCGAUUCCCAUGGAUUGUUAGAAGUUUGCGUAAGAAAUGAUAGAAACGUUGGCUCUUACGGCAUUUUCCUGGGAGAUAAUCCAUUCGAUUUCGCUCUUCCUGCAACAUUGUUCCAACUCAUUGUCAUCAUCACAAUCUCUCAAACGCUUUACUUUCUUCUCCGCCCGUUACAAACACCCAAAUUCAUCUGCAGCGUUCUCAGUGGAAUUCUGUUGGGACCAUCAUUUCUAGGGCAGAAUAAAAUUUACUGGAAAGCGGUAUUUCCAGCAAGACAAGCGGGUGUUUUAGUAGUGACGUCGAUAAUUGGAGUAAUAUACUUUCUGUUCUUUAUUGCACUGAAGAUGGAUAUGCUAAUGACUGUAAGAGCGGCAAAGAGGACAUGGCUACUCGGAAUAAUACCUUUCGUUGCUUCUUUUACAGUGAUAUCGACGUUGAUAAAUGUUUUCUAUUUACCACAGAAUUUUCCUCAUCUUAAAUUAGAUACGACGCGUUUAGCGAUAAGUUCUACAAUGGCGUUUAGUAAUUUUCCUGUUGUGUCGGAAGCUUUGAUAGAGUUGAACCUCAUAGCAACUGAAUUAGGACAGAUUGCUUUGUCUUCCGCGACAUUUAAUGAUUGCAUACAGUUUUGUAUCAUAGUGUCGCAUCAUCUCAUGGAGACGGGGAAAGUGAAGUAUUUAGUUUUAGGUACGAUGAGUUGGGUAUUGUUCAUUCUUUUUAGUUUCUUCGUUUUAAGACCGAUUAUGAAGAUGAUUGCACGCAACACACCGACUGGGAAACCAGUGAAGCGGGUUUAUGUUGUGUAUAUUCUUCUUGGUGCUUUAGUUAUGGCAGGUAUAACUGAUGUAAUCGGGGUAACGUUUAUUGUUGGACCCUUGAUUUAUGGUUUGGUUAUACCAAGUGGACCUCCUUUGGGGACAACAUUGGUUGAAAAAUGUGAACUUAUUAUCUCAGAAUUUCUGUUACCUUUUUUCUUUGCUGAUGUUGGUAUGACCACAAAUAUCACCGCACUUCACAAUUGGCAAGAGUUUGUAACUUUGCAACUUAUAUUAUUUGCGGGAGACUUAGCCAAGGUUAUUGCUUGCGUGUUGGUUUCUAUGACAUAUAACAUUAAGCCUAAACAUGGCACGGUGUUAGGACUCAUGUUGAACAUUAAGGGCGUCACUCACCUGAUUUCUCUUACUAAAUUAAGGAAACUCAAGAUAUUGGAAGAUGAAACAUUCAGUCACUUGGUGCUUUCUGUGUUGGUUACGACCGGAUUCAUCAUACCUAUCAUUACAAUACUAUACAAGCAUCGUCCUCGAGCACUAAAGUCAUCAUACAUAUACGAUGGUCAGAUGAGAACAAUCCAAAACACUUCUAGAAAUUCAGAGUUUCGCAUUGUUAGUUGUUUACACAACGAAGGAAAUGUACGUGGUAUCACUACUCUGUUAGAAAUUUGCAACCCAGUUCCAGCAAGCCCGUUAGGUGUCUAUGUGAUUCACCUCAUCGAGCUUUUAGGAAAAAGUGCACCAAUUUUGCUUCCAAUUAAUUACAGACGAAACAAAAAAUUACUGUCAGUUAAUUACCCCGACACAAACCACAUCAUGCAAGCAUUUGAGAAUUACUCUAACAACUCUUCUGGUCCGGUUAUUGUUUUACCAUAUGUGAACGUGGCACCUUAUAGGAGUAUGCACGAUGCUGUUGUCAACUUAGCACAAGACAAAUUGGCUGCUCUUAUUAUUGUCCCUUUUCAUGAAAAUGACCAUAUUGAUCUCACUGGACACAUAUCAACUUCAAUUCGAAAACUCAACACUAGGUUUCAAGCGCACGUGCCUUGCACAUUGGGGAUAUUGGUCGAUAGAUACUCGCGACUUGGCGUGAGGAAUGAUCACACAAGAUCUUAUUUCCAUGUAGGGGUAUUUUUUAUUGGUGGGGCUGAUGACAGAGAAGCAUUGGCUUUAGGAAUUCGAAUGUCGGAUAGAGAGAAUAUGAAGGUGUCUUUGUUUCGGUUCAUUGUGAUGAAUAAAAAAGAAUGCGAUAUUAAAUCUCAAUCAGGUAGAGAAAUUCCACUAAGUGAACAAGAACAUGAUGAAAUGUUGGACGAAGGUCUAAUUGAUGAGUUUAAAAGUAUGAAAUUUGGGAUGGGUAACGUUUCUUGGUACGAGGUUGCGGUGGAGGAUGGAGUAGAGGUAAUGAGUGCAAUUCGAGGUUUGGAAGGAAACUAUGAUCUUGUGAUGAUUGGGAAGAGACAUAAUAUUGGAUCUUUAAAAGAUGAAGAAAUGGGAAAUUUCAUAGAGAAUGCUCAAAUAUUAGGGAUAUUUGGAGAUAUGUUGUCAUCAACAGAUUUCUGUAUUGGAAUGGUUCCUGUUUUGGUGACACAAUGUGGUGGGGAUAAGAGAGCAAUGAAGUUUGAUAGAGUAGGUUCAGCUAAUGUAUCUGAGAAAAGUAUAGCUACUGGAUAUCAGAAAAGUUUUAAGGUUAAUAAAUAA